AUGUCCUGGAAGCUCACCAAAAAACUGAAAGAGACGCAUCUGGCGCCUUUGACUAGUUCAUUUGGCCGCUCGUCCUCCACCUCUACGAUCAAGGGUGAUUCAAAUGGCGGUGGUGACGAGUCGCCGGUCGCUCCCCAAGCCCCCAGCAUCGCUUCCACUGCUUCCACAAAUGGCAUCGCUGCCUCAGAGUCCCUCGUCUCUCCCCCGGUGGCUCCCGUGAAGCCAGGCAUCCUUAUUGUGACCCUUCACGAAGGCCAAGGAUUCGCCUUGUCACCUCAUUAUCAGCAAAUUUUCAACUCUCAUUUCCAAAACAACUCGUACGCGCCAUCGUCUUUGCGCCCCAGCACUUCGUCCUCGUCACAGUCUUCCCAUGGACAAGCGGGCUCCUUCGUCCAGUCCACCCGGCCGCAGUCUACCAGUGGAGGCUUGAACUCUGCCCCGACCGUCCACGGCCGUUAUUCAACCAAAUACCUCCCCUACGCCCUUCUUGAUUUCGAAAAGAACCAAGUUUUCGUCGAUGCUGUGUCGGGUACUCCCGAGGCCCCUCUGUGGGCGGGUGACAGCACGGCGUUCAAGUUCGAUGUCUCCCGAAAGACCGAGCUGAACGUGCAAUUGUAUCUCCGUAACCCAACUUCCCGACCUAGUGCUGGCCGGAGUGAGGAUAUUUUCUUGGGUGCUACCAAGGUCCACCCACGCUUUGAGGAGGCUGGCCAACCAUAUGUGGAAGACCCCAAGCUUAGCAAGAAGGACAACCAAAAGGCGGCGGCUGCUCAUGCGGAGCAGGAACGUACCAUGGGCCAAUUGGGUGCUGAGUGGCUGGAUCUCCAGUUCGGUAGUGGCUCGAUUAAGAUUGGCGUUUCCUUCGUUGAGAACAGACAACGCAGCUUGAAGAUGGAAGAUUUUGACUUGUUGAAGGUCGUUGGAAAGGGAAGUUUCGGCAAGGUCAUGCAGGUCAUGAAGAAAGAUACCGGCCGAAUCUACGCCCUGAAGACAAUUCGCAAAGCUCACAUUAUUUCCCGAUCCGAAGUCACGCACACCCUUGCAGAGCGAUCCGUGCUGGCACAGAUCAACAAUCCUUUCAUCGUUCCCCUGAAAUUCUCUUUCCAGUCGCCUGAGAAGUUGUACCUUGUUCUCGCAUUCGUCAACGGUGGAGAGUUGUUCCACCACUUGCAACGAGAACAGCGAUUUGACAUCAACCGCGCCCGGUUCUAUACUGCAGAGCUGCUGUGUGCGCUUGAAUGCUUGCAUGGCUUCAAGGUCAUCUACCGUGACCUCAAGCCCGAGAAUAUUCUCCUCGAUUAUACUGGUCAUAUCGCCCUCUGUGACUUCGGUCUCUGCAAGUUGGAUAUGAAGGAUGAGGACCGGACAAACACUUUCUGUGGUACCCCGGAGUAUCUCGCCCCCGAGCUGCUGCUUGGCAAUGGAUACACCAAGACUGUGGACUGGUGGACUCUCGGUGUCUUGCUUUACGAGAUGUUGACUGGUCUGCCGCCUUUCUACGAUGAGAACACCAAUGAGAUGUACCGCAAGAUUCUGCAGGAGCCCUUGACCUUCCCCAGCAGUGAUAUUGUUCCCCCGGCUGCCCGGGAUUUGCUCACACGCCUGCUCGAUCGCGAUCCUCAGCGUCGUCUUGGUGCCAAUGGUGCCGCAGAGAUCAAGUCGCACCACUUCUUUGCCAAUAUCGAUUGGCGUAAACUGCUUCAGCGGAAGUAUGAGCCCAGCUUCCGCCCCAAUGUGGUGGACGCUCGCGAUACGGACAACUUCGACAAAGAGUUCACUGGGGAAAUGCCUCAGGACUCCUAUGUCGACGGUCCCGCCCUGUCCUCCACCAUGCAGCAGCAGUUCGCUGGAUGGUCUUACAACCGUCCAGUGGCUGGUCUUGGCGAUGCAGGAGGCAGUGUCAAGGACCCGUCUUUUGGCAGCAUUCCGGAGUAG